AUGGAGCAUAAUGCAAAGAAAGGGUUGGAGGGCACGGGUUUGGAAUUACCAGUGAAUCGCCAUGGGAACCUUACAAGUGCUUCUAGCGAUCAAAACCACCUUCAAAUUCUUCAUGAUAUCAAGUCUUCCAAUAUCCCAGCAGUUAUCAACUACGGUGCUUCAUGGUGUCGCGUGUGCAGCCAGAUUCUUCCUGCUUUUUGCCAGCUGAGUAACAACUUCCCAAAGCUUUCUUUCGUGUAUGCGGAUAUUGAUGAAUGCCCGGAAUCAACUCAGCACAUUCGCUACACGCCUACGUUUCAUUUUUACCGUGAUGGGGAAAGGGUAGAUGAGAUGUUUGGUGCCGGAGAAGAGCGCCUGCAUGAUCGCUUGUGGUUGCAUUCGUGA